AUGUCAGCCUUUACAGCGUUGUUAAACGCUCACGCGCUUCGCAUGCGAUCGUCGUCGUUCUCCGAAUCCUCCUCGUGCUCCUCUUCGUUGAGAGGAGGAGGACGAGGAGCAACGACGAGGACGCGCGUGUUCUCCACCAGACGUGAUGAUACUAGUAGUACUAAAAUCUUUCGUCGUCGUUGCGUAUCUCUCUCCUCCUUCUCCCGUUCAAAGAGAGAAAGUGGACGACGACAACAACAACAACAACAACAACAACAACAACAACAACUGGUAGAAGCGUUGCAGCAACAACAUCAAAGGAGAAAUAAUAAUACUACUACGAAGAGCAGAGGAUCAGGGGUCAUCGUUGGCGUCCGCAACGAUAAUAGUAGCAGCAGUAGUCUUAAUUAUUAUUCGUUGAACAGUAGUAACGAGAACGAUCAAACGUCCAGCAACAGAGAAGAAAGAAAGAAGACAGCAGCAGCACAAAGGUACGGCAAGAAGAACUGGUGGGGCACCGGGUCCUACACGAAUUCCGUGUUUAGCAAGAAAGUUGUCACGAGAGCGACGACGAAUAACUUCUCCGCGUACGCAGCUUCGGACGAGAACAACAACAACAACAACAACAACGACAUUUUUAAAGGGAAUGCAGCUUUCAAUCUCUUCCUCGGACCGCCGAUGAAGAUUUUUGGGGCUUUAUGGAACAGAUUGGCAAAGCCGUUGCAAGAUUUUGGCUUUGGUAGAACGCGAAUUAUGGAAGGUGGUGUAGGUUUGUUCAUCGUUGGAGGGGCACUGUUGGGUGCUUUGAUCGCCGGAUGGAUUGUCGGCAUCUUUAACAACGCCAGGAAGAACUCUUACCAAGCGUUUAUUGAAUUCCCACUCGCGUGCGGGAUUCAAUGCGGGACGAACGUAAGAAUCAGAGGCGUGAAAGCGGGAACGGUGUUAUCUGUGCAACCAGCUUUGGAUAAAGUGACGGUUUUGGUGGAAAUGGACGAUAAGAAAGUGCCGAUUCCAAGAAAUUCGACGAUUGAUGCGAAUCAGUCGGGAUUAAUCGCAGAGACUAUUAUUGAUAUUACCCCGAAAUUACCCAUCCCGCAAGCGCAAUGGGGUCCGUUAGAUGCCGGGUGUGAAGGGGAAGGUGUUAUCGUGUGCGAUCGAGGACGAAUUGAAGGGAGACCGGGGGUUUCUAUGGAUGAUUUAGUUGGCAUUUGCACGCGCUUAGCGAAAGAGAUGGAACAACAGGAUGGAAUUCGAAAGAUGUUUCAAGUCACGGAUGGGGCUCAAGAUUUGAUGCAGGUGUUAGAACCGUUAUUAACCGAAGCUGCUUUGAUUGCCAGAGAGCUUCGACCGAUGAUGCAAGGUGUCAAAGACCAGGGUACAUUGGAAACGAUCGAGCUAUUAGCGGGACAUGCGUCGGCUACGGUGCAAGAUAUUCGAGAGUUGCGACAAACGAUUUUAACCGAGGAAAAUCAAGACAUGUUGAGACAAUCCAUCUCGACUUUGACAAAGACUUUGCAACACGUAGAAAAAGUAUCCGGAGACAUUUCGAGCGUCUCUGGUGACCCGAGCACUCGAGCUAACUUGCGACACUUGAUACAGUCGCUUUCGCGUUUGGUAGACGCUUAG